AUGUCGGACACGCCGUUUCCACAAUGGAAUUAUUCCACUUCCGACGGCCGAUAUCUCAACUCGAGAACUCCCGCGUCCUUCGGUGAACAGGGCGAGGUGACUCCAAAUCCAGCUUCUUCCUACUCUAAGCAAGAACCUCCACCGCCGUUUAUCUUUCAUGGCACCCAGGGCUACGAUCCGCCAGUCGUCUCCCCUGCGACUGACUCCCGAUUCUCUUCUUCUGUCAACCCUUGGGACGGCGGCAUCGAGCAGAGGUAUAACGUCGCCUCUGCCAGUGCUGAUUCCCUACCCCAGAUAAAAAUACGGCGAAGCGGUCAGCCAAGGGGAGCGGAUCAUUGGGAUAGUAUCGCCCCUACCAGUGCAGAUCUCCUAGGCCAAAUCAAAGUACGACGGAGCGGUCAACCCAGGGGUACAGAAUAUUGGGAUAGCAUUAGCUCUCCCAAUGCUGAUUCCCCGGGCCAAAUCAAAGUGCGACGAAGCGGUCAGCCAAGAGAUGCAGGUUAUUCCCACUUUCCUCACCACGGGGUUUCAGAUCGCAGUCAUGGACAAAUUUCGGUUGGCCUCAAAGAGCGUACAGAGGACGUCGAUUCUCGUAAUCCCACGACAAUCCCCAAUCCUGUUCAUGCUGACCGCGGCUCAGCAGCGCUUAAUGGCGGCUUAAAUCUGUUACAAACCCUACCCUCGCAACCGCAGCGACAAGUCGCGUCAGGCAUUCCGAUGGGAUUCGAUAAGUUACUCAAUCAUUCUCCGGAGCCUCAGCCGCCCCCAAGACGAGACUCGGCCUCCCCACGUUACCACCUGCACAUCCGACAACAACCCAUAGCUGCUCGGGCUUGCGGUGCUGGCGAUAGGGACCGACGACCAGUAGAUCCACCCCCGAUCAUCCAGAUGCUCCUCACCGACUUCGACCCGCAAUCGCAGGCCGAUCUAGACACCCUUCAAGAUCCUCGGCUUACCGUGGGCUGUCUGCUUCUCCCAGUAUCAGCAGCGACUUCGUGGCCCGGCUCGCCCGAAGCAGAUGGGGCGUGCGCGAACCGAGAGGAGCGCACGGCCUCGCAAAGGGCUGAAGAGAAUGCCCCUGGCCAGUGCACGCCGCUGCUUUCAGGGAAAGCCUUUGUUUCUCCUUUCCACGUCGACUUGGACCCGGACCCCCAGACGGCCCCGCAUCAUCCCACUAGCGCGGAUACCAAGGUAGAGACAAAGCCUGAUGCGCCUAAUUCUGUCGACGGGUUGGCUCUGGCCAAAGUGCGAGUCCCCGCGACGUUCUUCAUCUUCCCGGACCUCUCGAUCCGCUCUGCUGGCGUCUAUCGGCUACAGUUCCGGCUCAUGAACUGGGGUCUUGUGGAAGAUACGGGUCAAUCCAUGCCCAUCCUGGCUGAAGUCUGGUCCAAUCCUUUCCGCGUGUAUCCCGCGAAAGACUUCCCUGGAAUGAGGGACUCGUCACCUCUGACCGAGGCUUUGAAGGAACUCGGGUUCGUGGAGCUCAAAACCAGGGGCAAGGGGAAGGGCAAGGGGAGGCGGAGAUGA